AUGGCAACAAACGCUCUCUUCUCUCUCAUCGCGGCGUUAGCGAGAAUAGUAGGGUUUCUCGCCGCUCCGAUGGUGGCUAUCGUCUCCCCUAGGGUUUCUAGAGUGUAUCCCAGGGAGAUUCCAGCGGAUAUUUGCCGGCUGGUAAAGGAAUUAGCAAUUGUCCCCUCGUUGUUGGAGGGUUGGAAUAGAAUUCUGAAUCGGGUGAUACUCGAUCUGGAGAAAUCAAAAGCUAUCCCGUUGUGGAUGUCGGCGAAUUUCCCUCGGGCUCUUCCGUGGGUGCCUGCAGAUAAUUAUCAAAGGAGUUUCAAAUCAAGUAAAGUCUUGGUGAAGAGUAAUCGCCAAGAGGUGUCAUGGAAUACGGCUCUAUUGAGGCCGGUAGAGAUGUGGUAUUAUUUAAUCACAGAAGCCCAGGGCGACAUUCAGCCUGGGAAUUGUAUUGCGGUUGCUGAGCAAGAACGAGUCCAGUGUGGGAUCUCGAAGAACAAUAGGAGUAACUGUCUACAAGAGAUAGGUAUGCCUAUAAUGGUUUGGAGUUUAUUUUCCUUUUUGUAUCGAUUGUGGUUUUACCCAUUUAUUGGGAUUUUGAGAGUGUGGUUCUUGAAUUGGAGUGAGCAGAUCAUGGAGAACCAGGGCAAUGCCAAGAUGGUGACUCAGGACUCUCAGAAGGUGCAGCAGAUGGAGGAAUCCUUGACAGUGGGGAGUCAGACAGGGCUAGAGAGCCAUGGUGAUCAGAGUGUGCCGAAGAUGCAGAAUACAAUGGCGGUGGUGAUUGAAAAUGAAGAGACUCUGAGGAAGCAGCCCAACAGGGGAGCUAUGGUGCUGGGAUUGAAAGACGAUACUAUGAGACAGGGUAUGGGUAUGGUUGCUGGGAAUCAGGUAGUGGAAUUUACUAUGGAAGAUGUUGCUUCAGGGAUGCAGGGCGUUAAGUUAAGCCUGUUGGGCAGAUUGUUUAUAGAGAAUCCCCCCAGUCUGGCUGUUAUUCAUAAGAUUGUGACGGGGGCUUGGAACUGUAAGGUUCAAGUGAUGGAGGCGGAAAUGGGUUUACUGCAAUUCUUCUUUUACAAUGAAGCAGAUCGGGAUUGGGUGUUGCAGCGCUCUCCUUGGCCAGUGAGGGAUAGGGUGCUCCAUCUUCAGCAAUGGGCGCCAAUUACCAGGGAAUUGGUGAAUUCGUUCGAGAUGAUUCCUUUCUGGGUGCAGAUGUGGAAUAUCCCCUCUCAUUGCCGGACUGUUGCGUUUGGCAGAAGAGUUGCAGGAGCAAAGAUUGGUGAAGUUCUAGAUGCUGGAGUUUUUGCUAUUAAAGGUGAACCGAGUCAUUUCCUCAAGGCAAAGGUUAAGGUGAAUGUGUUUGAGCCUCUCCGAUCUCAGGUAUAUGCUAGUAAUGACCAAAUUGGCGAGUUUUGGGUUACACUGGUGUAUGAGUUCUUACCAUUGUUCUGCUAUCAUUGUGGUCGGCUGGGGCAUAAGGCUCCGCAUUGCUCAUUCCCGGAUCCUGAAGGGGAAGAGCAUUAUGGCCCGGAAUUGUCAACUGACAUUAUAGGGCAUCGCUUGGAUGAACAAACAAAGAUCCCGGUUCAUCUGUUACCGGCAAUGCACAAGACAGUUUGGCUGAAUCCUGCAGUGAAGGUGGGCGGAGUUGGUAAUAUACCGGGCAACGCCACAAGUUUGGAUGCGGAAGGGGGGGGGAACAGAUGCAGGGAGGGCGAGUUCCCAAAGGUAUCGUUGAGGCUCAAGUGGCGCGGUUGGAGCAAUCUGGAUAUCAGAAACAUGCAAGGGGGCAUCUAG